CGCAGUACGCAUGCGCCAACAUUUACCCAGCAGGUAAACUCCACCAUGGCGGCGAGAGGCCAUGUGCAGGAUCCUAACGACAGGAGACUCAGACCCAUAUACGAUUACCUUGAUAAUGGCAACAAUAAAAUGGCUAUACAGCAGGCAGAUAAACUGCUGAAGAAACACAAGGACCUGCACUGUGCCAAGGUACUAAAGGCUAUUGGCCUUCAGAGGACUGGAAAGCAGGAUGAGGCUUUUACUUUGGCCCAGGAAGUGGCCACUCUCGAGCCGACUGAUGACAACUCGCUACAAGCUCUGACUAUUCUGUACAGAGAGAUGCAUCGUCCGGAGUUGGUCACCAAGCUGUAUGAAGCUGCGGUGAAGAAGGUUCCCCUUAGUGAGGAGUAUCACUCUCACCUCUUCAUGGCUUACGCUCGCGUGGGAGAGUACAAGAAGAUGCAGCAGGCAGGGAUGGCCUUGUAUAAAAUCGUCCCCAAGAAUCCUUAUUACUUCUGGUCGGUCAUGAGUCUGGUGAUGCAGGCCAUCUCAGCACAGGAUGAAAAACUGUCCCAAACCAUGUUCCUGCCUCUGGCUGAACGCAUGGUGGAGAAAAUGGUCAAGGAGGAGAAGAUUGAAGCUGAAGCAGAGGUCCAGCUGUAUUUCAUGAUCCUGGAGCGCUUGGGAAAGUGUGUGGAGGCUCUCGAAGUCAUCCGGGGCCCACUUGGGGAGAAGCUUACCAGUGAGCUGCAAAGUCGAGAAAACAAGUGUAUGAUGCUCUACCAGAGACUCAAGCGCUGGCCGGAGUGCAACUCGCUGGCCCACAAGCUGCUACUCAAAAAUCCUGAUGAUUGGCAGUUCUACUCCUGCUAUUUUGACUCUCUCUUCUACCUGAUCGAUCAGUCAUGGAGUCCUCCAGAAGAAGGAGAUCACUGUCCGGAGGGUCCGGUGCAUCACACUGUGACUGAAGUGGUGAGGUUCGUGGUGGACAGGGUUAAAGGGGAGGACGGCAAAGACUCUCGUUCACUCAGGGGACCCUAUUUAGCUCGUCUUGAAUUAAUUCACAGACUGAGAGAAAGGGGCUGUCCUGAAGAAAGCCUGUUAGGUGAGCCUUUAGAGCUCAUGGUGCAGUUCUUUGGGAAGUUUGGAGACAAACCUUGCUGCAUCACCGACCUAAAAAUAUACCUCCAUCUGCUCGCUCCUGAUCAACACGUGCAGUUCAUUAACCUUCUGAGUGAAGCGGUCCCUCUGGGGGAGCAGGGAGAGGAGGGGUUUGCUUUUCCGGACGACACCAAAGCGAUGCAGAGGCAUUUAUGUGUGUGUCAGCUGAGUCGAGCAAUCGGGCUGCAUCACGCUCUGGACGUGGACGGGAAACUGCGGCUAAUCACAGAGCUCAAAGCUCACUAUCGCUAUGGACUCAAGUUUGGGAAGAACGCUGUGAAGACGGAGCUGCAGUUUUCUGAUAUGUAUUGUCUCAUGGCAGCUCAUGUGUACAUUGACUUAUGGAAGGAGACAGGCAAUGACAACUAUGUGUGGCAGAGUUUGGGUAUCCUCCACGAGGGUCUGACUCUCAGCCCCUCCAACGCCCAGUUCAAGCUGCUGCUGCUGCUCGUCUACUGUCAGCUGGGAGCCUUUGAGCCUGUGGUGGACCUUUACUCCAGCCUGGAUGCCAAGCAUGUACAGCACGACACCAUAGGGUUUCUGUUAACACGUUAUGCCGAGUCAUUGGGUCAUUUUGCUGCAGCCUCCCAGACCUGUAAUUUCUCCCUCAGGUUUUUCCACUCUAACCAGAAAGAUACCUCCGAGUACAUCAUCCAGGCGUAUAAAUACGGAGCGUUCGAGAAAAUCCCAGAGUUCAUCGCUCUCAGGAACAGGUUGAACCAAUCGCUGCACUUCGCCCAGUGUCGCACUGAGAGGAUGCUGCUGGAUCUGUUCCUAGAGGCCGAUAUUGUGUUGAGUCUGGAGGAGAGCGUGAAGGCCAUGUCUUUGUCUCCAGAGGAGGAUGACAUCCCCUGGGACACCAUGAGGGACAACAGAGACCUUACCGUUUUCACCAGCUGGGACCCUAAAGACAGAAUGUUAACUGAGGAGCACCGGCGUCGCUCUCUAGAGGAAGAGUCAGUGUGGCUCAGGUUGCGCUCUCUAACACUUCGCAUCCUCGCCUCCUUGGCCGAUCUGGGACACACGCCAUCGCAACAAAACUCGGAGAAGGUCAACGAAAACGGAGUGGGAGACAAGGGCUCGAUCCUCAGCAGCCUGCUGUCUCAGCUCAACCAGACCCUGCAGACAGCCGCUCAGAUAGCAGAGAAACCCACACAGUAUCCAUUCCUGGGCCCCCCCUCCACCCGCCUGGCCGCAGCUCUGUCCACUGGGAGUUGUCAGUGCCAGGCUGCAGCGCUCCAGCUGUCUGUCCACCUGCAGGACCUGGAGACUGCUGGACUUGAUGAGUCGUCAGAGCUUCAAACCCAGAUCUGUAAUGGUUUCAAAUCAUUAGUAGUUCAACUUCAAGAAAUACUGAAUAAAUGCAAAGGGGAUGUAUUGGAAAUGAAAGACAGCAAAUUGAAAACGCAACCCUCCUUAUUAGAAAACUUUAUCUUCUUUGUUGAGACGGUGUGCAUAGUCCUGUGGAUGGCUAGUCACUGUGCCAAGAUUCUCCGACCACUGAAGACUAGUCUACAGAAGAAAAAGAAGAAGAAAAAGGAUACAAGCACUGCUCUGCCGGCGGUGGUGUGUGGGUUCCAGGAGCUGACAGGAAGCGUGCAGGAGCUGAUCACUCAGGCGUUGGACUAUAUAAAGAACCAAGAGACUGAAAUCACGGCCAUUAAACUGUCCGGUUUAAGCUUGGAAGGACCCACAGAGGAGGAAGUGUGUUUGCGAGGCUGCUAGGGACAAGGUUCAGAGCAGUUACCUGCGAUCGCUACAGGAAAGUGGGAGAUCUUGCUCCAGAAGAGAGCGGAACUAUUAAGAACUCAAGAUCCGAACCCAUCACACACACCAGAGAAAGAAGACUUACCCCCCACCCUCCCUCCUUCAUAGCCCCCCCCCCUACACCACGGUCUCACCAGCUAACAUAGGAGUCCCACAACCCACCCGAGCACACAAUCGUCUCUGACCUCCUUCCUCUCCUCGCAUAUUUCUCCACUCAUCGUUUGUGAACUCUCAAUCUGGAUUUUACUUUUCCAUUUCUUCAACGCACACAUCUCUGGGACAUUUGCAACUCUUAUAGCACACUAGCUUGUGAGUAAACUCGUGAAUUUAUACAGCAAUUAUAAGUGAAAACAAGGAAAAAAGGGUACUUUUUUUUUUUUUUAACAAACAUAGAGCAAAUUAGGAUAAAUAAACCGUUUUAGAUGAAAUAAUCUCAUUAAUUAUUGUACAUAGUGAAGAGCAACUACCACAACCCUCCUUGACUAAAUGAGAAUAUAAGACACAAUAAACCACUAUUGUCUGGGUUUGUCAGUUAUGUUUCCCUUUGUUUUUCUGGUGAGAACAAUCAAAGAAACACACACAGACACUAAGGAGGAAAGUUACUUCAAUGAGCUGCUUUCCCAUCCGUUUCAUCAUGAACUAGCAGGCACAAUGUUGCAUUGAACUGUUGUGCAUUAUUGAAAUAUGGACACCUGGUUACCUACAGACGGAAGUUUCCCAUUCAAAAUAUGUUUUUUCUUUCUUUCUUUUUGCUUUGUGUGUUUCUUUAAAGUGGAACCACCUCUGUAGUUACAGUAUUAUAAAGAGAAAUGGUUGGAUGAGUUAAAUGACAUUUUUUAAAAGCCUGAAUUGUCUGCCUACUAUUGUUGAUUUUUUAUUUUUGUAAUACCAGUAGAAGUUGUGCUUUUAAACAUGUCUACUUUGGAAUUGGGUUGUUCCAGCACAAACAAAAAAUCACACGCCUUUAAGACUGGUCUGGUUAAUAUUACAAAAGAGGCCACAUGCAUUUAUCUUUAUAUGAAUAUUGGUCACUUUAUGAUUCUCAUCAUCCAGGAUGUAUCACUGCAGGCAUGGCAUAUCUAGCUAAAUGCAACCACUAGAAGUUAAAUAUGUACAACCUCUUCAUGGAUAUCCAUGAUUUAGUGAAAAAUGAAAAGUGCAGAAAUGAAUAUAAUUAGCUAGAAUGCAUGUUUCUGGCAUUCAGUGUGUGCUGUAGUGCGGUCCAGCCCUGAACAUUAAGAGGACUUUGUCCACUUUGACCCACAUCGGAAAAUACAGAUAAUAAAUAUUCAGUCAAGUUGCAGCUCUGUAGAACAGUAUAAUUGACAUAACUUGCAUAAAUGCAGACGGAUGUGUUUGACAGACACAUAUUGGACCUAAUUGUAAAUAUAAAGUUAAGGCAGCCUUUUUUUUUUUCGGGUGAAGUGUGAAAGGACUUUGGUGUGUUUUUUUUUUAAAUCAGCUGCAGAAGAUACUAAGAUUUCUCUUGUGUUAACAUUUGUUGUCAUUCCUGUUAAAGACACCCAACACCUUUCCCCCAAAAAAACAUUACAUCAGCUUCAGCAUCUUCUCAGAAAAAUAAGCAUCUUCUGCUAAUAUUAUUAACCAAUGGGAGAUAAAGAGAGACAUAGUUUACAAAUAUAACCCAGGAGCACUGACGGUGGACUGCAGGUAGUGCGCAGUUGGAUUUCUUUUAGUUUUAGUACUUUAUUAAGACAUUGGCAGAGUGAUGUGAUAGAGUGAGUACAUGUUGAAUCCUCCCCUUCCCGUUAGUGUUGUAUCCAAAUUCAAUCACAAACACGCCUGCUAGUAAAUGGCUUUUUUUCUUUUACACUCGAGCCCCAUGUGUCUGAAUGGAUCCGCAACUUGAGAGAAGAUGUUUGUAAUCGGACUACAUGUUGUUGAUGAGGUUCUGAAAAAUGGUUGACAAUCCGGAGUGUCAUCUCACCACCCUCUUUUGUUAGAAAAUGGAAAACAGAAACACUGGAAUGUCAAAGCUUUUUUAAUUAAAAAAAGUUAAUGUGA